AUGUUUUGCUUUCACGCAUCGCACUGGUCGCAUGACGUAGUAAGGAAAAACAGUAUUGUCAGGGAAUCUAUUUUAUCUAGCGCUACCAUAUGUGACUGGUAUAUUUACUGUCGCAAAGCGGUAGUUUUAUAUCAAGCGGUAAAUCAGGAGGCGGUAGGUAAAAUAGGUGGCCCUGGCAAAAAGGUCCAAAUUGAUGAAAGCAAAUUCGGGAAGAAGAAAUUUAACAAAGGCAGGAGUGUGGAAUGUCACUGGGUGUUGGGGAUGAUUGAGGAUGGGAGCGACGACCUGCGGCUGGAGGUAUGCCCAGUUAAUGUUAGGUCUGCGGAGGUGCUCAUACCCCUGAUUAAGAAGGAUGUUGCGCCAAGAACUACAAUAAGCACAGAUUGCUGGAAGGCGAUGGUUUGGCGAAUUUCGGGUAUGAGCACCGAAAAGUGA